GUCCUGCUAACUGUUUGUUUGUACCCGAUCCUGUCCACUCUCAGGUUCUGCAGUGGAUCCACAACUCCCGUUUUGCCUGCCACCCCGGUUUUCAGAGAACCCUGUCCUUGCUUAAGAGGAGCCUCUGGUGGGCCACCAUGGAGGCCGAUGCUCGGGAGUUUGUCAGUCUGCGUCCAGGGAAAAUCCUCCCAUCGCGCCCCCCCCUUCGGCAAGCUACACCCUUUGUCCGUGCGGGGUCGACCAUGGUCUCACAUCCCCCUAGACUUCGUCACGUCUUCCUCCUUCCCAUGGUAACAACACCAUACUCACCAUAGUAGACCACUUCUCCAAGUCUGUACACUUUGUCGCUCUGCCCAAGUUACCCACAGCUUGUGAGACCGCGGAUCUCCUCAUCCAGCACGUGUCACACCUCCAUGGUAUCCCCCUGGACAUAGUGUCAGAGGACCUCAGUUCCACUCCAAAGUAUGGAGUGAGUUCUGCCAGUCUCUCCUCAGGUUUCCACCCGCAGUCCAAUGGGCAGGCUGAGAGGGCCAACCAGGACCUGGAGUCUGCCCUCCGAUGCGUUGUCACCCAGAACACCCAUACCUGGAGCUCUCACCUGGCCUGGAUCGAAUAUGCCCAUAAUUCCCUCGUCAGCGCUGCCACGGGGCUGUCGCCUUUCGAGGCCUCUCUGGGUUACCAGCCCCCCCUGUUCCCGGCCCAGGAGAAGGAUCUCACAAUGCCCUGUCCAACACCACCUCCGUUGCUGUCGUGAGAUCUGGAGGGACACUCGGGCGGCCCUCAGAUCUACGGAGAACAACCAUCGCCUGGCAGACCGACAUAGGAUCCCAGUCCCUGCAUAUGAACCAGGUCAAAGUUUGGCUACACACAUCUCUCUCUCAGAUCGGAAUCCCGAAAACUGUUUUAUUGGCCCCUUCACCAUCGAAAGGAUCAUCAACCCCUCGGCCGUCAGACUCAACCUGCCUCGGUCCAUGAGGAUCCACCCCACCUUCAAUGUCUCCCAGUUGAAGCCGGUGAUCUCCAGUCCCUUGUGCCCUCCGUCUAGGCCCCCUCCUCCCGCCCGGCUCAUCGAUCACCCUGCCUAUUUGGUUCGGCGCCUAUUGGAUGUCCAUCGCCAUGGGAGGAGCCUCCAGUACCUUGUUGAUUGGGAGGGUUACGGUCCAGAGGAGAGGCAGUGGGUCCCUCGAUGCCGACCUGAUCAGGGACUUCCAUCGGGCCCAUCUUGGUAGGGUCGCCAGGAGGCUCCCUUUGGGGGGGGGGGGGGUACUGGGUUGGUCUCUUUUCCUCUUCUCAGUGUCCCCGCCCUUGUUGUUUCUGUCAGUCAUGUGUGUCUUGUCCCAUGUCUGUGUGAUUGGGUGUCCAAGCCUGGCCUCUCUCCACCUGCAGCACUCCGCACCUGGACCUCAUCAACUCAUCAAGGCCUGCAGUCUUAAGCUCUGGUUCAGUCUCCACUCGUCGCCAGUUUGUCCGUUUACCCACAGUGUUCCACCUUGGUGCAGAGUCGCUGCCAGCCUGCCUGUCUUCUGGAUCGCCAGUCCAUUGCUCACAGCUUUCGAUCGGAUCCCCCCCCGAGACUGGAAACUCUCCGCCAGCCCCCAAACUCCUUUGCCAUCUCUGAGCUCUUUAAAUAAAGUCCUGCCUCUGUGCCUGCCUA